AUGAGAGGCUUCACACUCCUUGCGGGAGCACUAGCCGCAUCGUCGGUCCAAGCAGCCUCUUUACAAAACGUUUUCCAGGCAAACACGCUUCUGGACAAGGCCAGAAACGCGUUGGGCCUGAGUGAGCAGCAACUACUAGAUUCGGUGCCCAAAAGCAUUCAGAAGGUCUGGGGAGAAAUGGGCAUGCUUUUCCCAAAGGAAACCGCUGAGCUGGAGUUCAUCACGAAGCCCAAGUCCAAGAUUAAUUCGAAACCCGACUCCCAGUGGGACUUUGUGGUCCAAGAACACCCAGAGCACAAAUUGCGUGUCAACAAGAUUAAGGACCCUAAGGUGCUUGGCAUUGAUCCCGGCGUUAAGCAGUACACUGGUUAUCUCGACGUGGAGGAAGAAGACAAGCAUUUUUUCUACUGGUUCUUUGAAAGUAGAAACGACCCUAAGAAUGACCCUGUCAUUUUGUGGCUAAACGGUGGGCCCGGCUGCUCCUCCUUGACCGGACUGUUUUUUGAGCUUGGUCCCUCGUCCAUCGGCCCAGAGAUUAAGCCCAUUUACAACCCUCACUCCUGGAACUCCAACGCCUCGGUGAUUUUCCUAGACCAGCCGGUCAACGUAGGGUACUCUUACUCGGGUUCCGGUGGAGUUUCCAACACCGUCGCUGCCGGUAAAGACGUGUACGCCUUUUUGCAGCUUUUCUUCAAGCAAUUCCCAGAAUACGCUUCUGGCCAAGAAUUCCACAUUGCUGGUGAGUCUUACGCAGGCCAUUACAUUCCAGUAUUUGCCACUGAGAUUUUGUCCCACCCACAAGAAGAAAGGUCCUUCAACUUGACAUCUGUGCUGAUUGGUAACGGUCUAACAGACCCAUUGACCCAGUACUCUUACUAUGAACCUAUGGCUUGCGGAGAAGGUGGUGAACCUUCUGUCUUGGAGCCAGAAGAGUGCGAAGGUAUGUUGGACACUUUGCCUCGUUGUCUGAGCCUGAUCGAAAGCUGUUACGAAUCCGAGUCGGUUUGGACCUGUGUUCCAGCCUCUAUCUACUGCAACAAUGCGCAAAUGGGGCCUUACCAAAAGACUGGCAAAAACGUCUACGACAUAAGGAAAGAGUGCCAGGGUGAACUAUGCUACGCGGAAAUGAAGUACAUGGACGAGUAUUUGAACCUGGACGUUGUCAAGCAGGCAGUGGGCGCUGAAGUCGACAACUACGAGUCGUGCAACUUCAACAUCAACAGAAACUUCUUGCUCGCCGGAGACUGGAUGAAGCCUUACCACAAGGCCGUGACCAACUUGCUAAACCAAGGCCUACCGGUCUUGAUCUACGCGGGUGACAAGGACUUCAUUUGCAACUGGUUGGGUAACGAAGCCUGGUCCAAUGUCCUACCGUGGAAGCACGCUGAAAAGUUCCAAGACCAGCCCGUCAAGAACUGGAUUUCCAGCACCACAGGCGACAAGGCUGGUAAAGUGAAGAACUACGAGAACUUCACUUUCUUGAGAAUUUACGGCGGUGGACACAUGGUUCCUUUCGACCAGCCAGAAAACGCACUUGCCAUGGUCAACGACUGGGUCAAGGGCUCUUACAACUUCGAGUAA